CUCCAACCCACGUAGGUAGCUCCCAACACCAUCACCAUCACCCCAAACGUCAUCACCAGCGAACGGAAAAAACCACCCAACUCGCGCAUCCCACCCCCAUACCCCACAUCUAGAGUUAUUAACCAAGGACGGAAAUAGGAAACGUCGGCUCGAUGAGCAAAUCCAUCGACGUGGGCACCGGGCUGGUCGGCGCGCCCGCCUGCGGCGACGUCAUGAAGCUCCAGAUCCGCGUCGACAAGGACACCAACAAGAUCAGCGAUGUCAAGUUCAAGACCUUCGGAUGCGGCAGUGCCAUCGCCAGUUCGAGUUACCUGACUGAGUUGGUCCGCGGCAUGACCCUCGAUGAGGCGGCUAAGAUCCGGAAUACCGAUAUCGCGAAGGAGCUGUGUUUGCCUCCUGUUAAGUUGCACUGCUCCAUGCUUGCCGAAGACGCCAUCAAGUCCGCCAUCACGGAUUACUACACCAAGAACCCCCGCGCCGUGAAGACCGAUCUGUCGGGCACUGGUGCGUCGAUGGCCGAUGUGCAGGUCGAGAUUGAGAAGACCAGCAGUGCUACCAUCUAAGGUCUUUACUCUUUAGUACCUUCUUUCUUAUCUGAAAAAAAAAAUCGACCAAAAAAAGGAGUUUUUUCGUGACGGAGGAAAAGUUGACGCUGGGAUACCAUUGAUUACUACUACUAGUACCACCACUACUACUAUUUUAUUGAAGGAAGAAUGGGAG